AUGACGGAGAAAAAGGACGAUAAAAAGGACGACCCGCGAUUUGAUUAUCUGUUUGAGUAUUUAAAAUACUCAAGCGGUUUGAAACCAGACAAAUGGAGCAAAAUGAUCAAUACUCAGGACUCCAAAGACUUGAUACUCAAAUUUUUCAAUACACCGACAGAAAAUAUGUUAACUAUGCAAGUGUCUUCAGCAGGAGUACUCAUUCCUUCCUUGGGAAUACAACCAGGCGCCAAAGUCAAGACGUCCUACUUUGCCAGACGACAGCCGGUUAAUAUUACAGAAGUUAAUUACAGGGAGAUGCUCAUCCCAGGUGAUAUGUCUCCCAAACCAAUUGAGGAUUUUGCUGUACUCAUGGAAGAGGUUUAUACACCGAUGCUCACUAAUUCCGAAAAUCAAGGGAGAUGGCCACCCUUUAUAGGGACGGAUGUGGAAAAACAUCUACACAAUAUGAAAAAUUCUAUCUACGAGCUUCAGGGAAACAUGAAGGGUGAGACAUUCUUAUCAAUGCCAAUAGGAAUUGAAAAACUUUUUCAAGUUGAUAAUAUAACAACUGAUCGGGUGGAUUAUGAGUUGAAGUCCAACAUCGAAGAAACUAUCGCCAAAUGGAGUUUUCAAAUUAAGGAAGUAUUGGAAGAAAGUAGUAAAAACGAUAAAAGUGGAAUUCAUCCAUUGCCGACAGCCGAGAUAGAAUUCUGGCGUCAGAGGUUGAGGAAUAUUGAAUCCAUCUACGAGCAGAUGAAAGAUCCGAGAGUUAAGAAAAUGGUUUCCCUUCUUCAAGUGACUGAAAGCCCUUAUCUCAACAGUUUGGAAAUUUUAUUCAAGAAUAUCAUUGCGGCUGUCGUCGAAGCGAGAGACAUUUAUUUGUACUUGAGACCAUUACAAUGGCACUUUGAGGCGAUGGAGGGCCUCGAUAUGACGUCAUUUCAGUUGAAAAUUAAACCCUUGAUGCACUGCAUUUGCCUAGCUUGGGCUAAUUCACGGUAUUACUGUACAACGACGCAUAUUAUAACUCUCCUGUCGGAAGUCGUUAAUCUCGUUAUCAAUCAGACCUCCAGCUUUCUGGAUCCUUCAUCGCUUUUUGAAGGUGACACAAACGACACUCUGAAGAAAGUCGUAUCAGUGUUGGGGCUUAUUCAGCACUUCCGAGAUGUUGUUGAACAUUGUAGAGUCAAUAUUGACUGUUAUUUCAAACCCGAUGUGGAACCAGUGCUCUGGACGUUCCAUGAGAAACUCAUUUUUGAACGUCUCUGGAAGUAUGAAACUCGCUUGCAGCAAAUUAAAAACAUAUUCGAAAUCGUCCAGGAUUACAUGAAACUCGAUCGCACUGAAAUCGGUGGUUUGAAUGGAAAAUCAUUGUGUCAGAUCGUAUUUCAAAUAUACGACGAUUUUGUUAAAAGUUAUAGUGAAUUGGGAGGGGUUCAAGAUAAUAUUCUACUACCAGAGAAUGAAGAUUUUACAACAGCAAUAGAAGAUUUUCUCGAAAAAAUCAGUGAAUACGAUCGAAAACUAGCGACGACAUUCCACAAAUCAUUUACCGAAUGCUACACCAUUCAAAGUAUAAUAAAAUUCAUCUGGCAAAUUGGAUCAAUCGGCCUGAGAUCAAUUCUCCAGUCCCAGCUACUGAAUCAUUACGAGGAGCUAUUAUCAAAAAUCCACGAGUGUCUAGACAACGUAAAGGUUCUCUUCGACCAAGGAACAAGACUGAAGGAGGAAACGGGCUACAUGCCUCUGGAUCAAUAUUUUCCACCAGUAGCUGGAGCUUUAUGCUGGCUGAUGAAGUUGAAGCGUCGCACUAAUUAUCCUGUAGAGUCCAUAAAGUUGAUAGAUCACCCACUACUCGUCAGUCAAUCAGCACGCGAGAUAACUGCCAAGUACGAGGAACUCCAGGCUAUUUUAAACAAUACGGAAGAUGAUAUAUUCGCCGAGUGGUCUGUACUGGUGCCAACAAUUUGCGAUGAAAAUCUCACCAAGACACUGUUCAUCGUUAAUGAUGAUGGAUCCUUGGAAUCUAAUUUUGAUCCUCAACUCGAUGCCAUUCUCAGAGAAACUAAAUACAUGUAUAUAAUGCAGAAGAGUCAACUCCCUCAGGCUGCUAUCGAUCUUUUCGAUAGGACACAAUUUUUCUUUGAAAAUAAUUACGACAUCGGUCUUAUUACAACUUGGUACAAUGAAGUUAGGACAAAGAGUUCGAGAGUUGAGAUGGAGCUAUUGAAGGAGGAGCUGGAGGUGAUCGAUGGGAUGAUUGACGAUGGUCAGAUCCAUUACAAUUGGAAUUCACCGGAAACUCCGGAUUACAUCGAGGUGCUGUUGAAUUACGUGAGGAGCUUGCAUUCACGGGUUAUUAGGGCGCAGAAAAAUGUUGAAAAAUUGAUGAAGAUGAUGUACGAGUGGGCAAUGGUUCCGGUGAUUAUGCGAAAAGACGUGAAGCCAGAAAAUUUGCUGGCUGUUGGGGAGAGGGAGACGAGGUUUGAUAAGAGAUAUCAGGACAUCCGAGAGUUUGGGGAGGAAGUUCUCAAUGUUUUGAAGGAGAAUUAUAAGCUUUAUUUUGAUCUGAUGCCAGAGGGAUUUAAUGGUGGGGAAGAGUCUGAUCUAUCUGGAUCAGACCUUCAAGGUGACGAGUUGGAAGGCGCAACUACUGACAGAAUUGACGAAACAGACAUUUCAAUAAAUGAGAUUGACGCAGACCCUGGCUUUGGCGAAGGUGAUGAUGUAGAAACAGAAAUGGUUGGAGUGAACGUGGAAAUGACUCAGUCUGAAGAACUGAGAAAGCAGGAGAAAGAUGAAAAAGAAAUGGAACUUGAAGCACCACGACAGGUCAAGUGGAAACCUUACCUUGCUUAUAUUGAUCAGUUGGUAUCUCAAGGCUUAGUGCAAGCAGUUUCAACGAGUAUCUGCUACAUCCUGGACAACACAGACCCCGAAGCCCCAAUAUCACCCCUUUUCGAAGUUCAACUUCACUUGCAACCCCCAGAUAUUGUUUUUCUUCCUCCAUUGCAAAUAAACGAUCCCAAAGGAUUCUACGUAUUUUACGAGAAUUUGAUGUUCGAUAUGAUGAAAAUGGGAACAUUAAUUCCUCGUUUAGACCCAGAGAAGGUGUUGGAACGAGAAAAUUAUGGGAUCGAUCUAACUGAGGAUUCGAGAAUAGUAUUUAUGCUGGAGGAGACUUGUAACCGAGUUAAACAGGGGUUGGUUGAGGCCCAAGAGUACGGACAGACGUACGAGGAGUAUUGUUGGCUAUGGUUAGACGACAGACAAGAAUAUUUAAACAAUUUUCUUCGUUUUGCGAAAAAACUGAACGACGAUGAGAAGGAAUUAGUGAGUCAGUCACCCGACAAUUUUCCCGAACAUCUCAAGGAGAAAAAGCCAGAAUUGUCAGACUUUAAGCGGGAAAUUGAUUAUUUUAUGGAGUACUAUAAGAAGUGCGAUGAAAUUGAGAAUGAGACGAUACUGUUCAAAUGGUUGAGGAUCGAUACAAAGCCGUUUAAACGGGUGUUACUGAAUAUAAUAUGCAAGUGGGCGUAUGUUCUAAAAAUGCAUCUCGUGAAUUCGGUGAAUACGAGCUUAACGGAAUUAUCGGAUUUUCUGCAUUCUGCUGGUGAUCGGUUCACACAGCCUGUCCUCGAGGAUGACUACGAUGGCUUACUGCAGACAAUAUAUUAUUUGAAGGAAGUUAGGGAUAGACAGUAUAAAAUUGAUGACAUGUUUGGCCCAUUAAAGGAAACAAUCAAUCUACUCAGCGACUAUCAAGUAGAAUUUGAGGAUGAAACAUUCAAUCGAUUAACGACAUUACCCGAAUUAUGGACAAAUGUUAAAAAAUUGGCGGCACAAAUAAAGCAAGUGGUAUCCCCUCUUCUCGAUCACCAAGUGGAUCUUGUCAAGAAACGACUGAAUUUCUUCGACUACCGACAGCAAAAAUAUCUCAAUAAAUUCCACCGAAAUGACUUAUUCAAUUUUAUGUGCAAAGAUGUUUAUGAGAAACUCGAUUCCAUAAACGCUGAAAUUUCAAUGCUCGAGGAUGAAUUAAACACGUUGAUGGAAACCACUCAGAUAUUCGAGCUACCAGGUCAAGAGUUCAAAAGCAUUAAAGAAGUACGUCGUGAAUUAAAGCUAUUGAAGGGAUUGUGGGACUACGUCAUCGUCAUUGAAACGAGUUUGGAUGAAUGGAAAAUGACGUUGUGGAAGAAGAUGGAUGUCGAGGGAAUGGACCAGGAGUGCAAAAAAUUAACACGAGAAUUGAAACUUUUGGAUAAAGACAGCAGAAGUUGGGAAUUGUACGGAUAUAUCGAGAGUCAAGUGAAAAAUAUGAUGUCAUCGUUGAGAGCUGUAUCGGAAUUGCAGAAUCCUGCCAUCAGGGAACGUCACUGGCAACAACUGAUGGCUGAGACACAUGUGAAAUUCACGAUGGACGAUAGGACGACCCUGGAUGAUCUCCUGAAACUUGAACUCCAUAAAUAUGAAGAGGAAGUUAAAAAUACUGUUGACAAAGCAGUCAAGGAAAUGGCGAUGGAAAAAACACUGAGGGAACUGACCAAUACUUGGACAAGCCUCGAAUUCAGUAAAGAGUAUCACGAGAGAACAAAAUUAAAUCUAUUGAAAAUUGAUGAAGAAACUGUGGAAAUAUUGGAAGACCACCAGGUUCAAUUGCAAAAUAUGUUGAGCUCAAGAUUCGUCGGUUAUUUCAUAACAACAGUAACUGACUGGCAGCAGAAACUGAGCAAUGCCGAUGCUGUAAUCAAUAUUUGGUUUGAAGUGCAACGUGCUUGGAUGCACCUAGAAAGUAUUUUCAUUGGAUCCGAGGACAUACGAAAUCAACUCCCCGAGGAUUCCAAACGCUUUGAGAAGAUAGAUCGUGAUUUCAAAGACAUACUCAAGGAGAUGCUGACAAUACCGAAUAUAGUUAAAGCCACCAAUAAAUCAAAUCUCUUGGAGAAGCUGGAGGAGUUGCAGAGACAACUGAAUCUUUGUGAAAAGGCGUUAUCCAAUUAUUUGGAUACUAAGAGAUUAGCUUAUCCCAGGUUCUACUUCAUAUCACCAGCUGAUCUGUUAGAUAUUCUCAGUAAUGGAAACAAUCCCGAGCUGGUCUGUAAACACCUCUCCAAACUGUACGACUCCGUUGCAAAUCUGAAAUGGAAAAUGGACGCCGGUAAAUCGUCGAGAAUCGCCAAUGCAAUGAUCGCCAAAGAUGGUGAAGAAAUGGAUAUGUAUGGUACCUGCGAUUGUUCUGGUAAAGUAGAGGUAUGGUUGAAUCGUGUUACUGAUGCUAUGCGAAAAACCGUACGUUAUCACUUCGGCCAAGCUGUUGCUACGUACGAUGAAAAACCCCGUGAACUUUGGAUAAUGGAUUAUCAAGCACAGCCAGCACUCUGCGGUACACAAAUCUGGUGGACCACUGAGGUGAAUAUGGCUUUUGCACGAUUAGAGGAGGGCUUUGAAAAUUCACUCAAGGAUUAUCAGAAGAAACAGAUUAAUCAACUCAACGCACUUAUCACUAUUCUCUGUGGCGAACUAACUGAAAAUGACCGGCAAAAAAUAAUGACGAUAUGUACGAUCGAUGUACACGCGAGGGAUGUUGGCGCCAAACUGAUCUCUAUGCGAGCAGAGACCUCGUCGAGUUUUCAAUGGCAGUCGCAACUAAGACACAGAUGGGACGAUAAACUUGGCGACUGUUUUGCCAAUAUCUGCGACGCAAGUUUUGCAUACGCCUACGAGUACUUGGGGAAUGUUCCACGUUUAGUAAUAACACCGUUGACAGACAGAUGUUACAUCACCCUCACUCAAUCCUUGCAUUUGGUAAUGGGCGGAGCACCCGCAGGACCCGCUGGAACAGGCAAAACAGAGACAACAAAAGAUUUGGGGCGUGCGCUGGGUCAGAUGGUUUAUGUUUUCAACUGCUCGGAGCAAAUGGAUUACAAAUCAUGUGGAAACAUUUACAAGGGCCUGGCACAAACUGGCGCCUGGGGAUGCUUCGAUGAGUUCAACAGGAUAUCGGUGGAAGUCCUGUCUGUUGUUGCUGUGCAAGUCAAGUGUGUUCUCGAUGGAAUUAAAAGUCGAAAGAGAAAAUUUUUAUUUUUCGCCGAGGAAUUGAAUAUUGUUAAUACCGUUGGAAUGUUCAUUACAAUGAAUCCAGGAUAUGCUGGCAGAACGGAGUUGCCGGAGAAUUUGAAAACUUUAUUCAGACCCUGUGCCAUGGUCGUCCCAGACUUUGAAUUGAUCUGCGAAAUAAUGCUGGUGGCUGAGGGCUUUCAGGAGGCGCGCUUAUUGGCACGAAAAUUCAUCACACUUUAUACUCUGUGUCGUGAGCUACUGUCGAAGCAAGACCAUUACGACUGGGGACUGAGGGCAAUCAAGUCCGUUCUCGUUGUUGCUGGAAAAUUGAAACGUGGCGAUCGCCAUCGUCCUGAGGAUCAAGUUCUAAUGAGAGCUCUCAGGGAUUUUAAUACACCAAAAAUUGUUACUGACGAUACUCCGGUGUUCAUGGGACUCAUUGGGGAUCUCUUUCCAGCCCUCGAUGUGCCUCGCAAGAGGGAUCUUGAAUUCGAAAAAAUGAUUCGAGGAGCCGCUGUUGAUUUGAAAAUGCAGCCGGAGGAUGGAUUUGUGUUGAAGGUCGUCCAAUUGGAAGAACUCUUCAACGUGAGGCAUUCAGUGUUUAUAGUAGGUUUUGCUGGAACUGGUAAAACCCAGGUCUGGAAAACUCUUUUCCGGACGUACAUGAAUCAGAAACGCAAGCCCUACUAUAACGACCUGAAUCCAAAAGCUGUUACCAAUGACGAACUCUUUGGAAUCAUCAAUCCCGCGACGAGAGAAUGGAAAGAUGGAUUAUUCUCCGUAUUGAUGAGAGACCAAGCGAAUAUGACUGGCGACGGACCAAAGUGGAUAGUCUUUGACGGAGAUAUUGAUCCAAUGUGGAUAGAGUCCCUCAAUACAGUGAUGGACGACAAUAAAGUUUUGACUCUAGCUAGCAACGAGAGAAUAGCUCUGACUAAACACAUGAGACUUCUCUUUGAAAUUUCGAACCUGAGAACUGCCACUCCCGCAACUGUUUCCAGGGCGGGAAUAUUGUACAUAAAUCCACAGGACUUGGGAUGGAAUCCAUUCGUCACCAGCUGGAUUGACACUCGCGACGGGAGUGAGAGAGCAAAUCUCUUGAUUCUCUUUGAUAAGUACAUCCCAUCGCUGUUAGAAGCCUCAAAAAUAAAAUUCAAGAAGAUCACACCAAUUCCAGAGAUAUGUUUUAUAGAAAUGCUUUGCAAUCUACUGGAUUGCUUUUUAACCCCCGAAAAUCUACCCCCAGAGUGCCCCAAAGACUGGUACGAAUUGUACUUCGCCUUUUCCUGCAUUUGGGCAUUUGGCUCUCCAACAUUCAAGGAUCAACUCAUUGAUUGGCGAAAUGAAUUCAGUAAAUGGUGGCUCAAUGAAUUUAAAACCGUGAAAUUUCCUACUAAUGGAACUGUGUUUGAUUAUUUCAUUGACAACGAAACUAAAAAGUUUUUACCCUGGAGCGAACGCAUGGGGAAAUUCGAACUGGAUAUGGAUAUUCCCCUGCAGUCAACACUGGUUCCAACGGGUGAAACAACCCGUUUACGUUUCUUCAUGGACGUAUUAAUGAAGAAAAGAGUGCCAGUUAUGCUGGUGGGUAGCGCUGGUUCCGGAAAGAGCGUCAUAGUGAAUGAAAAACUUUCAUCUCUCCCUGACAAUUACAACAUUGCAAAUGUUCCCUUUAAUUAUUACACAACUUCCGAAAUGCUGCAACGAAUUCUUGAGAAAUAUCUUGAGAAAAAAGCCGGUCGUAAUUAUGCGCCACCGGGUACGAAACAGUUGGUGUAUUUUGUCGACGAUAUGAAUAUGCCGGAAGUCGAUACGUACGGUACAGUGCAACCUCACACGCUCAUACGCCAGCACAUGGAUUACAAUCAUUGGUACGAUCGUGGAAAACUCACCCUAAAGGAUAUUCAUAACACUCAGUACGUAUCCUGCAUGAACCCAACCGCAGGAAGUUUUACGAUUGAUCCACGCUUACAGCGGCACUUUGCAGUAUUCGCUGUCAGUUUUCCAGGUCGCGAUGCUCUAGUAACAAUUUAUAGUCAAAUGCUGCACCAGCACAUUGCAAAUCCCCUUCAAAAAAUCAAUACGGGCCUGCAAAAAAUUGUGGAAUCACUCAUAAAUGCUGCCCUAUUUUUACACGACAAAGUGACAAUGAAUUUUCUGCCAACAGCCAUCAAGUUUCAUUACACAUUCAAUCUACGUGAUUUGUCGAAUUUAUUUCAAGGUUACCUGUUUGCAAACGGCGAAACAAUUCCCAAUUUGAGUGCUGGAAUACGUCUGUAUGUACACGAAGCCACCAGAGUUUACUGCGACAAGUUGGUUAAUUUCGAGGACAAAAGGACCUUUGAAGCACUACUCCAGGAUGCAAUACGGAAGAAUAUAUCGGAACUCGAGGAGACAGCGGUGUUUGCUAAACCCAUUAUUUAUUGUCACUUUUCCGAGGGAAUGGGCGAUCCUAAAUACAUGCCAAUCAGGGAAUGGCCGCAGUUGAUUAAAUUAUUGGAGGAAGCGGUGAUGAAUUACAACGAGCUGGUCGCAACGAUGAAUCUGGUCAUGUUUGAGGACGCCAUGUGUCACGUAUGCCGAAUAAAUCGUAUACUCGAGUCACCAAGGGGUAACGCACUGUUAGUGGGUGUUGGUGGCAGUGGAAAGCAAUCUCUAUCUCGUCUGGCCUCCUUUAUUUCAAGCCUCGAGGUCUUCCAAGUGCAACUGCGGAAGGGCUACUCCAUAAACGAUCUUCGCGCGGAUCUGGCCGGUCUGUACCUAAAAGCCGGAUUAAAAAAUAUCGGCAUAACAUUCCUUAUGACAGACUCUCAAGUAGCACAAGAGAGAUUCCUGGUCGUCGUGAAUGACAUGUUGGCCUCCGGUGAAAUUGCUGAAUUAUUCGCCGAUGACGAAGUGGACAACAUCGUGAAUUCCGUCAGAAAUGAGGUCAAGCAGACGGGAAUGAUGGACACAAAGGAGAAUUGCUGGAAAUUCUUUAUCGAUCGUGUACGGAGGCAACUUAAGUGCGUGUUGUGCUUCUCACCGGUUGGCGCAACACUUAGGAAGAGAGCCAGGCAGUUUCCGGCCUUGGUCAAUUGCACGUCCAUCAACUGGUUUCAGGACUGGCCCCGAGAUGCCCUGGAAUCCGUUUCCGCGCGAUUUAUUCGGGAGCUGAAAGAGCUGCCUCGUUCCUAUCGCACAUCAGUUUCACGUUUCAUGUCCUACGUACACACGAGUGUCAAUGAAAUAUCGGAAAUUUAUCUCCAGAAUGAGCGCCGAUACAACUACACAACGCCAAAAUCAUUCCUUGAGCAGAUAUCUCUGUACUCGAAAUUAUUAACCGAAAAAGUAAAAAACUCUCGUGGGAUGAUUGAAAGACUGGAGAACGGAUUAACAAAACUGGCCUCUUGUGCUGAACAGGUAGACGAACUGAAAGCGAUUUUAGCUGUUCAGGAAGUUGACUUGAAGAAGAAGAACGAGAUUGCUGACAAAAUCUUGGCUGAGGUGACGGAGGAGAACACAAAAGCGGAAGUGGAGAAAGCGAUAGUUUCCGAGGAGGAAGUGAAGAUAGCUGAGAUUAAGGAGAGGGUAUCUGAGAGGCAAAAACGAUGCGAUGAGGAUUUGGCAAAAGCAGAGCCAGCUGUACGACAAGCCGAGGCUGCAUUGGACACUCUUAAUAAAAACAACCUAACUGAACUGAAAUCCUUUGGCACACCACCGGAAGCCGUUGCAAACGUUGCACAAGCUGUACUUGUUCUCUUUUCCCCAAAGGGCAAAGUCCCGAAGGAUCGAAGUUGGAAAGCCUGCAAAGCGAUGAUGGGCGGUGCUGAUGCUUUUCUCUCAGCUCUACGAAAUUACGACAAAGAGAAUAUUCAUCCGGACGUUGUGAAAGCCAUACAACCCUAUAUCAAUGAUAAAGAAUUUGAACCCCAAUUUAUAUACUCGAAAUCACAGGCAGCUGCUGGUCUAUGCAGUUGGGUCAAGAACAUUAUGGUCUUUCAUUACAUUAAUGAAAGUGUUAAACCACUGAGACAAGCGUUGGCACAGGCUAAUGCUGAGUUGAAGACCGCGAUGGAGAAACUCAACUCACUGCAGUCUCGGUUAUCGGAAUUGCAAAAAGUAUUGGAGAUACUCGGUGCCAAAAUGAGUACAGCUCUUGGUGAGAAGCAGAAGUGUCAGGACGAGGCAGAUGCAACUGCCUUAACAAUUGAUCUUGCCAACAGAUUGGUAAAUGGUCUGGGUUCGGAGAAAGUUAGAUGGAUUGAAACCGUCGCCUCGUUAAAAUCGUCCAGUGUAACGAUUCCCGGGGACGUUCUCGUGGUGACAGCGUUUAUAUCAUACGUCGGUUGUUUUACACGAAAAUACAGACAAGAUCUAUUGAACAUUCACUGGUUACCCUUUCUGGAUAAAUUGGAGACCCAAAUACCCCGUACUCUCGAUUUAGAUCCACUCUCUUUGUUAACGGACGACGCGCAAAUUGCACAGUGGAACAAUGACGGUCUACCAGCUGACCGAAUGUCAGCAGAAAACGCGACUAUUCUGACGAAUUCGGCGAGAUGGCCCCUAAUGAUUGACCCACAGUUGCAAGGUCUUAAAUGGAUUAAAACAACGUACAAUGAAAAUUUAAAAGUACUGAGACUGUCGCAGAGAAAUUAUCUUGACCGAAUUGAAUUUGCCAUAUCCAAUGGUGAUGUUGUACUGCUGGAGAACAUUAUGGAGGCAGUUGAUGCUGUAUUGGAUCCAAUCUUGGGUAGAGUACUCAUAAAAAAAGGCCGUGCCAUCAAGAUUGGUGAUAAAGAAGUAGAUUACAGUCCCAAGUUUCGUCUAAUCCUUCAGACUAAAUUGGCAAAUCCACAUUAUAAACCAGAGAUGCAAGCACAAACGACACUGAUAAACUUUACUGUCACCAAGGAUGGCUUAGAGGAACAAUUGUUGGGUGAUGUUGUUAAGGCUGAACGUCCAGACUUGGAAAAUACAAAGGCUGAACUCACUAAACAACAAAAUACGUUCAAGAUAACACUGAAAAUGUUGGAGGACGAUUUGUUACAUCGUCUCUCAUCAGCUGGCCCAAAUAUUCUCAGUGAUGUUGCACUUGUUGUUAAUCUUGAAACAACAAAGAAAACAGCUGCUGAGAUUGGGAUAAAAGUUGCUGAGGCCAAAGUGACGGCUGUGAAAAUCGAUGAAGCACGUGAAUGCUAUCGUCCAGCAGCAUCCAGGGCUAGUUUACUGUAUUUUAUUCUCAACGAUCUUAACAAGAUCAAUAUGCUGUAUCAGUUCUCACUUAAGGCAUUCAGCAUUGUCUUUCAAAAUGCUAUUAAGUUUGCGGAGAAAUCGGAUGGCCUUGCCAAGAGAGUUGGACUUUUGAUCGACAGCAUUACUUAUCUCGUUUUUAUGUACACGAGUCGAGGACUUUUUGAAAGUGAUAAACUCAUAUUUUUGGCACAAAUGACUAUACAGAUACUCCUCCAAACCAAUGAAAUUCAACCCGAUGAACUUGACUUCCUUCUACGAUAUCCCUAUAAACCGAAUGUCCAGAGUCCUGUCGACUUUCUGAACAACACCAGCUGGGGUGGAAUAAAGUUUCUGAGUGGAAUUGACGAUUUCCGGAAUCUCGAUCGUGAUAUCGAGGGUGCUGCAAAACGUUGGAAAAAUUUUGUUGAGUCAGAGACUCCUGAGAGGGAAAAAUUUCCGCAAGAGUGGAAGAAUAAAACGGCUUUUCAGAGACUCUGCAUUUUGAGAUGUUUGAGACUCGAUAGGAUGACGUAUGCUAUCAGGUGUUUCGUGGAAGAAAAAAUGAGCCCAAAAUUCGUUGACUCGCGUACACCACCGUUCGAAAAAUCAUUCCAAGAGACAAGUGCACUAGCCCCUGUUUUCUUCAUCCUCUCGCCAGGUGUCGAUCCCUUGAAGGACGUAGAAAAAUUGGGAAAACAACUGGGCUUCACAUUCGACCGAAAGAACUUCCACAACGUAUCAUUGGGCCAAGGCCAAGAGCCAGUGGCUGAAGAAUCAAUGGACGUGUCAGCGGCAGAGGGCCACUGGGUAAUACUUCAGAAUAUCCAUCUCGUGAAAAGUUGGUUGGCAAAUUUGGAGAAGAAAAUGGAACAGUUGUCCGAGCAUCCCCACGUGAAUUAUCGUUUAUUCAUCAGUGCAGAACCCAGUCCGGAUCCUCAUGAAUCAAUAAUACCCCAGGGAAUUUUAGAGUCAGCUAUAAAGAUAACGAAUGAACCACCUACGGGUAUUCACGCAAAUAUUCACAAAGCUUUGGACAAUUUUAGUCAGGCUACUUUGGAUUCGUGCACCAAAGAGUCGGAAUUCAAAGGUAUUCUCUUUGCGCUGUGCUAUUAUCAUGCUGUCGUUGCGGAGAGAAGAAAAUUUGGACCCCAGGGCUGGAAUCGAAUCUACCCAUUUAACGUCGGUGACCUCACAAUCAGUGUCUCUGUCCUCCACAACUACCUCGAGAGCACCACCAAAGUACCGUGGGAGGACCUCCGCUACCUAUUCGGUGAAAUAAUGUACGGUGGACACAUAACAGACGACUGGGAUCGUCGUCUCUGUCGAACAUAUUUGCUCGAGUAUCUUCAGCCCGAUCUUAUCGAUGGCGAUCUCUAUAUAGCUCCGGGUUUCUUAGCGCCACAAAAUACCAAUUAUGCUGCUUAUCACCAGUAUGUAGAUGAAUAUCUACCAGCCGAAAGCCCAAUCCUCUACGGUCUCCAUCCUAAUGCUGAAAUCGGUUUCCUAACGGCGACCGCCGAGAAUUUGUUCAAAGUCGUCUUAGAGAUGCAGCCGAGGGACGUCGGCGAGGCAUCGGCCAGUGGUUUUUCAAGGGAAGACAAAGUCAAAGGGAUAAUUGAGGAUCUCGCCGACAAACUUCCCGAGGAAUUCAAUAUCCAGGAGUUUAUGAGUAAAGUCGACGAUUUGACACCGUUCACCAUUGUGGCAUUUCAGGAGUGCGAAAGAAUGAACAUCCUCUGCAAUGAAUUGAAACGAUCUCUCCACGAAUUAAAUCUCGGAUUAAAGGGAGAACUAACGAUCAAUGCCGACAUGGAGGACCUGCAGAACUACUUAUUUAUGGAUAAUGUACCUCCCUCAUGGACUAAACGUGCUUAUCCCUCGAGUCUGGGGUUGACUGGUUGGUUUGUUGAUCUGCUGAACAGAAUUACCGAAUUGGCUAAUUGGACUUCCGAUUUCAAUUUGCCGGCGUCGGUGUGGCUAGGAGGUUUUUUCAAUCCUCAGUCAUUUUUAACUGCAAUUAUGCAACAAACGGCGAGAAAAAAUCAGUGGCCAUUGGAUAAAAUGUGUUUGCAGUGCGAUGUUACGAAGAAACAGAGGGAUGACUUUACAGCACCACCGAGGGAAGGUGCUUACAUCAACAGUUUGUAUAUGGAGGGGGCACGAUGGGAUACACAAGCUGGUACUAUUGGUGAGUCAAAAUUAAAGGAGCUGUUUCCACAAGUACCUGUCGUGUACAUCAGGGCUAUUACUCAGGACAAACAGGAAGUCCGGAAUAUGUAUGAGUGCCCUGUUUACAAGACCAAAUUUCGGGGGCCAACUUAUGUUUGGACUUUUAAUUUGAAAACUAAAGAGAAAUCUACCAAGUGGACACUUGCUGGGGUCGCUAUAUUGUUGCAAAUAUAAAUUUUUAAUGGUAGAAUUCUUGGUGGUGUUUUAAAUUUACGGGGAGGUAAAUUUUAUAGUCAGGUUUAGGGAAGUCGUAGGGGUUGCGGGAUUAAAAAAUAAUGAACGGCAUGAAAUAUCCUUUGAAUCCGUAAUUUCGAUCAAAUUAUAUGCAAUCGGGGGGGAGUCGAGUUUCAUCCGCGUGUCGACUACCGAAACCCUCACUUUAUUGCAGUAAUAUUGACCCCGACAAAGUUACCAAUCUGUUAUCAUCCACUGGGAGUCGCUCAGUGUUCAAGGAUUUACCUGAUGAUGCGUUUAUCAGUCUUAAUUACUCCCUUAUCGGUACGCGAUGCAAACUGAGAGCAAUGUCAUUUAGGAGCGGGGAAUACGAGAAAAUUCCCUCUGUUAUUGAUUGUCGGUAUUGGAAUUCAAUUUAACAUCAGUCGAUAAGCAGAUUUUUUUUAUCACUGUCCGAAAAAAUUCCUUCUUCACACAUUGCGAUGAAAAAAAAUUUCAAUACGAUGUAAUGGUAGAAGGAGUAAUGGUGGAUAUUAAAAGCUGUAGGCGUAUGAACAGAA